AUGUCAACAACACACCCAACACCUCGGGCAACACUUCUCUCUACCACCUUCUGGGAAAUCCUUCCCUCACACUACGACAAGAUCAUAAACCGCUGGUCAAAAAUCGCACACCUACAUCACGAAGCAAAGUCCGACAUUCUCGCCACCGACCGCGCUGGUGCCGUGGCCUCUAUCAAAGCCGAACUGGAGAUGCUGGAGCAGGAUGUGGAACAGUAUCGGAAGCUGGUGAACAGCAUCGAUAUCACGGAUAUCGCAGGCACUUAUGUUGUGGGUGGGAAGUCGCCGCAUCGCGCAUUGGAAAUCGCCAAGGAAGACAAGGAGGAUCUAGAAGAGAGUUUGGAAAUGAUCGAGGAGAAGGUGAAAGAGGUUAGAGCUGAUGUGAGGUACGGGUUCGAAGAGGAAGAGUUCGACUGGUCGAUGUCGGCAAAAGUCAGCACAGUGAGCGACGCCCAUAACCCUCAAGACCCCCAGCCGAGAGACCUAACAUCCAUAUUAAUGGACCUCGAGGAUCGAGCCGACCGGGUACUGACAAGUCUUUACUUGCUCAAGCAGCUAGACGACGAUUUUCCAGCUAUCGAGACAGCCAUAGAGCAGCAAGACUGUGUUGAUAUCAUUCGCUCGCAUACCGAGAAAAUGGAGGCCAACUUAGAGGUCAUGGAGCGGAAGAGCGAGUUGCUAGACGAUGAACGAGUCUGUGAUUGGAUGAACAACGGCAGAGAUGACACAGAGAAAGAGAACAGGAACGAGUUUCUCAAUCGAUUAAUCAAGAAGAUGAGGGGUUUGCAGACACAGAUGGCGGAAGCGAGGAGGGGUUUUGUCGGAUAG